ACCAUCACCGAGCUACUCAUGGCGACGAAUUAUUUCUGCGUUGACAAACUUUGGGCAGUCCUUGGCUGCCAUCGGGGUGUCGUUGUUCUAUUCUGUGCUAGCUGUGUUCCAAGCCGUCUUUGCGCUUGUUCAAAGCACGAUUGAGAGCAUACUGAAGCUGGGACAGAGCAUCACUACUCUCGUGCUGGAGUUGUUCCAGGGAGUGUUCGGGUUCGUUUUUGGUAUGUCAUGCUCCCUUGCAGUGAGCAGGCAACUGAUAUACCUUUACUAGCAAAUUUCUUUGCAAUUUUGGU